AGUAUUCAAUGAUGUAUUCAAUCAGUGAUGAUGUGGGACUAUUACGAACCUGAAGCACCAUCCCAAAUAAAACACAAACCGUCAUAUCACAGAUUUUGUAAACUUCAAAAUAAAGAACACUCAAAAUGAUGGUCAAGGUAUGCUUAUUAUUUGCGGUUUUGAUGGUCGCCACAACAAUGGCAGCUGAUUGGCAAGCAAAUCCCAAUGAAUGUGGGAGGGUUAACAAGAUGGGAACCAGUCUCCGUAUUCUAGGCGGAGAGCCAGCAGCAGAGAAUGCCUGGCCGUGGCAGGUAGCCAUGUUCGAACAGGGCAAGUUUAUCUGUGGAGGUUCUUUGAUUGACCCGUGGUGGGUCCUUACUGCUGCGCAUUGCGUCGAUCCUUGUUUUCUCUGUACGCCAGAAGUGUACAGUUUAAGAGUCGGCUCGGUCAACAAUACUGGUACUAUUAAUAAUGUAACGCAAGAACGGAACGCACAAAGAAUCAUCGUUCACCCCAAAUAUGAUUUCAGAGAUAUAAAAAAGAACGACAAUGACCUCGCUUUGUUAAAAGUGGAAGUACCUUUCACCCUCGAUUAUAAAGUGAACACGGUUUGUCUUCCGACUGAAGACAUGGAUGAUUGGUUUAGCGAAGGAGACAAUGUAACAAUCACUGGAUGGGGAACACGGAAAAGUGACGUGCUUGACUUACCUGACACACUUUAUGAGGCAAUCGUUCCCAUCUAUAACUGGACAAAGUGCACCCAGUCCAAGCUUUUAAAAACAAGUGGCAACGUCACCGAGAAUAUGAUUUGUGCUGGCUAUGAUGAUGGUACUGCUGAUUCUUGUCAGGGCGACAGCGGUGGUCCCAUGGUAUAUCUCUCCGAUCAUUAUUAUUAUACAGACCAGUAUUUUCAGAUCGGUGUGGUGAGCUGGGGGUAUAAGUGUGGCAUACGGGAAUCACCCGGUGUUUAUACUAGGCUGACACGUUAUGAAGAUUGGAUCCGGUCGUUCGUCACCACUCCAACGCAAAUUUCAUAUGUUCCGUGCGCUUGUGAUAUGUACACCCAAGCCUUAUCUCAGUUGUCCAUUAUCAUCAUAUCAGUGGUAUCUUCAUUGCUCGGCGUUUCAAUCAUCCUCAACAUAGCUUGUUCCAUUUGCCUAAUAGUAUGCAGAUAGAAUGAGGAGGAGUUAAUGUUACCAGAUAUUGAUGAGCAUCUUCGUUGGGGAAAUGAUUUUGAUUAAAACUCUCUUUAUUCUUCUUCAUUAUUCUUUUUCUAAAUAAAAUUGAAGGUGUUGGCCUGAUGGAAUCAUGCAAUAAAUGCAUUUCUGUACAAAAUUACAAUAUAAGAGCUUAAUUCCAAAAGGAGAUAAAUCCACUUUUCACCAAAAUUGAUUUUUUUAUACAAAUUUAUGCAUUUUAGACGUUGGAAUCAAAUGCAACGUAUCGCAUUUGAAAAUUAUUUUGGAAAGGUUGGUAAACUUUAAUUGCAAAUUUGAGUUUUGUUCCAAAAGGAGCUAAAUCCACUAUAUACGGUUAUAGAAAGUUUUUUUCAUAUUUUACAUAAAGUUGAAAAUUAUUUUGGAAAGGUUGGUAAACAUUAAUUGCAAAUUUGAGUUUUGUUCCAAAAGGAGCUAAAUCCACUAUAUACGGUUAUAGAAAGUUUUUUUCAUAUUUUACAUAAAGUUGAGCAUUCAAUUUUUUUAGGUACAUAUUGUGGAUACAAGUUCACACCAUCAGUGAAAAUUUUGAUGAAAAUAACGUAAUUUUACUUUUUUUUGAAUAUUUUUGAAUUUUGCUCUUUUUUGGAAUUAGAUAUCGAAAAGUCACCGUCCUUAGUAAUAAUAACGGUCCUUACUGUUAUGCGAGGGGGCGUGGCAGCAUAGCUGAGGCUGAUCCUUGCGGCUGCGGGGCGGACUGUGGAGUAGGUCGCUUCAGGUUCUCGAAGGUGGAGAGGACCAGGUCCCGGGUCGGGCAUCCGUAAAAACUUUGCGAUGAUCGGGGCGGGGGCUGGUCGGCCUGAUGGACGGGUACCUGGGGUUCCAAUCGGGUUGCGACGGGGUAGUCUGUGGGCGUUUACGAGUUGUCUCUCCUUGGCCUUCUCCUCGUCGAUGCAAAGAAAAGUAAAAACCCGGAGUAAAAACCCAGGGUAAAAACCCGGGGUAAAAACCCGGGGUAAAAACCUUCAGUAGAGUGUUGUAGACAAUCUAAGUUCAAAUUUAAAGACCAAAUUCUGCUUUUCUUUUACAGAAGAAUGAUGGCAAACUUUCUAGUUAGUUAAAGGAUUAACCUAAGAUCACAAGAAAUAGUGUGAAAUGUGUAAAUAGUCAACUGAAUUCAAGUAGUUAUAUCAAUUUAGACGUACUCACUGAAGUGUUCGUAGGUCCAUAUUUUGUGUGGAAAGAAAAGUUUCAGAAUGAUUAAGUUAGAUGACGUAAUGAGGUCAAUGAACAAUUAUUUUUGUAACACGAUACCACUAGUAUCGAUGGCCAAGAAUCGAGGAAAUCGCGUAUUAAUAACGCUCUUAUCCAAUGAAAAGGCUAGAUUAUGACUAUCUUCAUGCUCAUGAAUGUCAAUGAGGGCUUAUUAUACGGUCUUCAAAUGAAAGUCACAGAUGACUGACUCAAUGCAAGGGGAAAGAGUCUUUAUACGGGAACAGUAUUCAUCGACCUUAAAAAAAAGGCCUUCGACACUGCGGAUGUUAAAAUACUUGUGAAGAAGCUCGCUAUAAGAUUGGUGUUUCAGAAGAUUCUUUGCACUGGUUUGAAAGUUAUUUAUACAACCGGAAUAUACAUGUAUGUACAUGUAUCGAGAAUAUUACAUCAAAUGUCUCAAGUAGAGUAUGAGAUUCUACAGGGUUUAACCCUAGGGCCAAUUAUCUUUAUGUUAUACAUAAACGAUAUCAAUAAACAUAUAAAAUAUUGUAAACUGCAUCUGUAUGCUGACGACACAGUUCUUUAUUUUUCUGGAAAAAAUAUCAGUGAAAUAGAAUACUACUAGUACAUAAAUAUUGAUCUACAUAACAUAUAUGACUGGCUGUGCCACAACAAACUAUUGUUGAUAAAACGAAUUUCAUGCUUUUCGGAACAAAUAUUAUGUUAUCAUGGUUAUCAAAAUGUGCAAAUAUAAAUGUUAACAUAUCUGAUGAAACCACUAAGCAAUCUAACUAAUAUUUAGGCAUGUAUCUCGAUCCAAAAUUUAAGCGCGAUAUCCAUAUUGAAGAACUGUGUGAGAAAAACUAAUAAUCUUGUCAAAUAUUUAGCACGUAUAAGACAUUUUGUAACAGAAAGUAAUUUAAAUUAUUUAGUCAUACUUCCCUUGUGUACGCGCCUUAAAACCCAAGCAAACAACAAGAACAACAAAAUGUUCAUGUACAGUAUGGUGCAUGUUCAAAUCAUCGAACGGCCUUGCUCCAUUACAUUUAGCAGAUUCACUUUGUAAUUACUCAUAUAAUUUAAGAUCCGUAGGUAAUGUAAUUAUGCCCAAACCAAAAUACAAAAAAAUUGCCGUAUGUUAUAUAAAGGUUCACGCCCAUAUAAUGACUUCCCUUUAGAUAUAUGAAAUUUAUCAAAAAAAUUACUACAUUACUUCUUUGAGCUCUAAGAUAUCAAAUUACAUUGAUCUCCGAGCAACGCGUUGUUAUGCCGGGAGAAGAAUUUGCUUAAUUGUAGCUUGAACUCAUAGGCCCUAACUUUAAAUUUUGUUUAUGUCUAUUGUCUAGUUUUCAUUACUUUAUAUUGUGUUUAAUGUCGUUCUUUUCUGCCUGUUGAAGAUGUUUAUAAUAGGCCUACAGUUUGAUCUAUCAUUUAUUACGUUCUGGACCCCUAGGCAGAACAAAGUGGUUACAAUUACCUUGCACUCUGAGUGGCCAUUCCAGUCAUUGAUAUGUAUUCAUUUUGUAUUUUGUUUGUAAUUAUAUCUGAUGUAUUUUGUUUGUAUUUUGCAUGUUUUUUUUUAUGAAUGGAAAAUAAAUACAAUACAAUAGCUACCGGA